UUCCAGGUUUUACUAUUGUAUACAUAUAAUUAACACUUCUAAAGGACAGUAGUUAAUUUUCAUUUAUUAUUCAAGACAGAUGCCUGACAUUGACACUUUGAUGCAAGAGUGGUCACCAGAGUUUGAAGAAAUGUUAAAAAAUGUUGGACUUCCAUCAGCUGAUAUCGAAUGUUCACUUGAACAAUGUGUAAAGAUCGUGUGUUCUCUUCUGGAUAUUCCAGUUUACAAAUCCAUGGUCCAAUCUCUUCAUGUACUUUUCACGCUGUUUUCAGAGUUUCAAAAUUUGCAGCACUUCAAAGCCUUGAAGAACCAUGUGAGCAGCUCUUUAAAUGCACGCGGUCAGAAAACAUCACGAGGCACAGCAGACCAUCUUGUAUUGUGAGAAAACAAGUUAUUCUGACACUUCUUUGUUAACUAACACAUUUACUGUCCUUUCAUGACACAA